UUAGGACUGAUCAGCUGACCCGAUUCCCUCUGCACUGCACUCGAGUGUUGGUGUCGGAGGUGAUGCCCGCGUUACACAAUGGCAGACGGGGCCCUAGACGAAAAGCGAUCCAUCAGGGAUUCCGCGCGCUCCCUCAAGCGGUACGGGAGCACCAGCAGCCAGAGGAGGCCCGAACACUUGAUAAAGCAUGUUGUCUGCAAAACCGAUACGCUCCAGGGGCUGGCACUGCGUUACGGAGUCACGACUGAACAAAUUCGACGGGCAAACAGGCUGUUUGCCAACGACAGUUUAUUUCUAAGGGAGUUUCUUAUGAUCCCCGUCCCAGACACUGAUGGGCUCCUGUCACCUGCUGGAUCUGCAAGUGCAAGCCUUGUCUCAUCGCCAGCUUCACCGAUGUCACCAAGUUCAAGUUCUUCCGUGGAAAAUGGCUUUUCAGAUGAGCACAGUAUCAAUGAAUUUUUGGACAAAAUUGAUUCAUCAAUAGCUAGUACUAAAAAUCAAGUUCAGAAAGUUCAAGGGAGCAGCAGUCUUUUCUCUGAAGAUGACAUAUUUUCCCGUAAGCGGCCACCAGUUUCAAGGCUGCGUCAGCAAAACCAACAUCAGAUAGUGGCCCCAUCUUCAUCUGAAAUCCUCUCUCCACCUCACCCGAUAGUGAUGACACAAGGACGAAAAGUAAGAACGUCCCUUCAGCGUCUUCAAAGGGAACAAGACGAAAUGUUUGAAUUGUAAAAUAUCAAGAAAUGUGAAAGUUGUGGUAGCUAUUUCAUUUUGAAUGUGCGAAGAAAAAUAAGUGAUAGAACCAAAGGAUAAAUUUACCAGAAAUAUAAACUUGAAUUUAUUUUUCAAAUUUUAUUGCAUCAUUGCUUGAUUGUUACAUUCUAGCUACUACUAUACAGAAUUCAAUUAUGACUGAUAGGCUUUCAUCAGAUAGCUCAUCAAAUUUAAUACUUAUCGUCUCGGAGAAUUGCCAGAUUCUCUAUUUAAAUUAUUGAUUUUGAGUUUUUGCAUUGUUUUUCUUUUCAUCACAAAUUGUGUUGAACUAUUGUUGCCAGCCUGAAUGGUUGCUGUGUAUUUAGAGUAAAGAGCAAUUUACCCUAUAUAAAAAUUGUAAUGCGGUCUAUCCUUUGUUUCCAAUGUUUAGGUUAUAUUCAAGACUGUUAAUUUGUAUGUGUUCAAAGAGAGUAAUUGAGACAUUGCUGUGUUUCAUUAUUUCUCAUUGAAUUUGAUGUAUGUUUUUGUUAUCUAGAUCAUCUUUACUGAGGCAAUCAUAAUUAAACUGUCACAAAUUAGUUUCUGCAAAAUUAAUUUUUCAGUGCCCUAAUUAGUUUUUGCAUAGUCUGUUCAACAUAUUAUUUUAUUAUUGUAUAGAGUCUAUAGUCAGAGCGAAAUAUUUUAUCUUACUAUAAUAUACCACUUGUUUCCUUUGAAAUAUUGGGUCAAGUUUAAUUAAGACAUUGUUAAAAUAUUGUUAUAGUUUUUCAAAGGUAGCUUUAUCAAGCCUCAAGAGUGAUAAGCCUGUGUUAAAUUCUUGCCAUGGUGUUAAUGGCUGGUUUAUCUGGCUGUGCUGUAAAUGUGGUUUUGUUUUUGCAUCAAUGCUUUCAGUGAAUUUCAUUUUCAUUCAAUGAAAGCAUUUUACAAGAUUGAUUUUAUAAGUACACUAGUUACAAUUCUAAGCUUCAAAUCAACUUGUAAAUUCUGUUGGAUUAAAGCUUAAAAUCAUUGUUGCCUUUUUUUAAGUUUAAAUAAGUAGCGCAAUUUAUUGCCUUUCAUGGUUAAGAGUUGUGCAGAAAAAAGUGUGUGUUCAACAGAUUUUUUUGUCAAAAAAUGUGAGAAUUGCAUUGAUCAAGUUAUGUUGGUUUUGGAUGAUAAGUGGUACAAUAGUAAAAACCUCUCUCAUGUCCAGUAAAUACAUAGAAAACUAAGCUAAUUUCCCAGAUAAUUGACUGUAAUGGGAGUGGUGUACUUGUUGUCUUUGCAACCAGAGUUCCGUGUCUGUAACAGUCUUUUGUACUGCAUAAAUGUAUGCUUGUGCUCACUCAUUUUCCAAAACUAACACCAGCCAUUAUAUUGUUUGGAUUAAAUAUGAACAUUUUAUAGUGGUAUAUCUUUGUGUACUGUAACAUAUUGUAUUGUAUGAAUACAAUUGUGGUUUUUGAGUACACUCCGGGCGCUAGUUGCAUGUUCUGUUUACAGCUCUCUAUAAUGCUCCUUUUUAUGGUUUGCAUGUUUUGUUGCUGUGUCACGUCUAGGACUGCACUGAAUCAAAACAUUGAUUUUCACUGCUGUUGUCAAUUGUCUGGGAUUAGCUGAGUAUUAGGACUAUGGAACAGGAUGCCUCAGGUAUGUGAUUUGUAGUGAUAUUUACUUCAGAUUUAUGUUAAAAUUUGUGUAUGGUGAUAAAAGAAGUUUCCUGAAUCAUUUGACACAGAUAAUUGCUACAUUUUGGUGGUGCUUUCAUGUCAGUUUUCAGUUAUAGCCCCUCACAUAUCAUGACAACUACUCGGGUAGUCAAAUUUAAGCGUGGAGUAAGUGUGGACUAGAAUUAGACUCGGACUGGAGUUUUUCUUGGGUAGGCUUAAUAUUUUAUUAAUUGUGAUUCCUUUGAUUAUUUAUUUCAUAUGUCUUCAGUUGUCCCACAUCACAUUCUGUUGUUGUCGCAUUGUUUCUUGGGCAAAUUGACAGUAUUCAAUCAUUUCACAAUAACAGCUCUAAAUGUUCUAUUUCACAAUUUUUCAGUGGAUCGGAUCGCCUAGCGAAUGCAGGAAAGCCUUUUACUCAGCUUAACAUGACUAAAUCAUGUAUUGCGUCUGCAGUUGAGCUAAUUCUACUUGCUUGAUAGAAAAAAUUAAAAAGACACAUGACAUGUCCAUGUUUUGUAAUUCUCAUAUUUUCACUAUUUUUUCUAUGACAUUGUGGUACUUAAAGUUACAUAAACAUUGAAGGAAGUUCUAGUCAUCACAAAUAGGUAGAUAGACUUCCAGCAUUUGAGGUGGUUUCUUUGGUGUUUUCUUUUUUUCUUCUGACUGACAUACGAAUUAGCUUACCUUUUUGUUUUUGUCUGAAUGAUACUGGCUUCUUCGUUUCGACGGCGAAAAAUCUAAGAUAUCGAAGAAUAUCCUAAAAUUUGACAUAAUGUAUAAUGAAUACCAUUAAAUGAAGAAAUAUGUAUGUAAUUUUCAUGAACUGUAAUAAGAUUAAAGCCAUUCCAAGGAUUGA